AAAUCUUGUGUGUCAAUGAGAAUUCUUGAAUUUGUGUUAAAUUCCAAAUUCCAUCAAGUUGUAAGCUUGGAUAAAAACCUAAGAACCCGAAAAGGCAGUCGUAGAGGAAAUUCCGGAAACCGUCUAGAACUCCAAGUUCUUACCCUCAUACACCACGUUCCGUAGCUUAUUUGCGGCUUAAAAAAUCCCAAGUCACCAUCAUCAUGGUUCAAAGCGCCGUUUGCGAUUCCAUCUCCAGCAAAGUAGCUGAGGCCUCUUGGGGCCAAUCAUCCAA